UGGGGAGGGAGCCAGGCGGAGGCGGCGGCGGCGGCGCCCCAGAGCCGAGGGAACGCGCGGGCCUCGCGCCGCGGGAGCGGACGGCUGCGGAGGAGACCCCUGGCUCGCGGUCCGAGGCGGGAGGGCUGGCCUUUGACUGCCCGCCUCAGCGGCCGCUGGUCGCUUCCGUCGCCCGGAGUGGCCGCCGCCCCUGGAGACUCGCCGUGCCACGGGCCUAAGCCGCCGCGACUCGGGCGUCCGGACAGCUCGGACCCGUCGGGCCAGGCCGGGUGGGGAAGGGCGACCGGGCAGGUGCCGCCCCCAGAGGGUGGGCCAGGGGCGAGGCGCCCACCCGCGUGGCCCGCGGGCGGGGCUCGGCGGAGGGGCCGCCCGCGUCGCACCCCCACCGUGGGCCGGAGCCCCAGUCGCCGCCCCGCCUUCUCCGGGGACAGCCCGGCCGGACCUGUGGGAUCCGGGAGACCCUGCGCUGGCCGCCGCCCGCUGCUCGCCGGGCUCGCAGAGAGAGGAAGGAGGAGAAACUUUGCCUUUUAUUGUUUUUAGCCGUUAAAGUGCAAGGAACUCUGUGUUGGGAGGAAAAAUGUCCUUCUUCAAUUUCCGUAAGAUCUUCAAGUUGGGGAGCGAGAAGAAGAAGAAGCAGUACGAACAUGUGAAGAGGGACCUGAACCCCGAAGAGUUUUGGGAGAUAAUAGGAGAAUUGGGGGACGGAGCCUUUGGGAAAGUGUACAAGGCCCAGAAUAAAGAGACCCAUGUUUUAGCUGCUGCAAAGGUAAUUGACACCAAAUCAGAAGAAGAACUUGAAGACUACAUGGUUGAGAUUGAUAUAUUAGCAUCUUGUGAUCACCCAAAUAUAGUCAAGCUUCUAGAUGCCUUCUAUUAUGAGAACAAUCUUUGGAUCCUUAUUGAAUUUUGUGCAGGUGGAGCAGUAGAUGCUGUGAUGCUUGAACUCGAGAGACCAUUAACUGAGUCCCAAAUACAAGUAGUUUGCAAACAGACGUUAGAGGCAUUGAACUACUUACAUGAUAAUAAAAUCAUCCAUAGAGAUCUAAAGGCUGGCAACAUUCUUUUUACCUUAGAUGGAGAUAUUAAACUGGCGGAUUUUGGAGUAUCAGCUAAGAACACAAGGACAAUUCAAAGAAGAGAUUCAUUUAUUGGCACACCAUAUUGGAUGGCUCCUGAAGUAGUUAUGUGUGAAACAUCUAAGGACAGACCUUAUGACUACAAAGCUGAUGUUUGGUCCCUGGGUAUCACUUUAAUAGAAAUGGCUGAGAUAGAACCACCUCAUCAUGAAUUAAAUCCAAUGAGAGUCCUUCUAAAAAUAGCAAAAUCUGAGCCCCCUACGUUAGCACAGCCAUCAAAAUGGUCUUCAAAUUUUAAGGACUUUCUAAAGAAAUGUUUGGAAAAGAAUGUGGAUGCCAGGUGGAACACAUCUCAGCUACUUCAGCAUCCCUUUGUUACUGUUGACUCCAACAAACCAAUCCGAGAAUUGAUUGCAGAGGCAAAGGCUGAAGUAACAGAAGAAGUUGAAGAUGGCAAAGAGGAAGAUGAUGAUGAGGAACCAGAAAAUUCUCUGCCAAUACCUGCAAGUAAGCGUGCCUCUUCUGACCUUAGUAUUGCCAGCUCUGAAGAAGAUAAACUUUCACAAAAUGCUUGUAUUUUGGAAUCUGUCUCAGAAAAGACAGAACAUAAUACUUCUGAAGAUAAAUUCAAAAACAAAGUUCUUAUUGAAAAACCUGCCACUGAUGAACCUGAAAAGGCUAUGGAUGGAAUUAAUGAACAUGUUAACAAUGCUCAUUUAGAAGCCAUGGCUGAGCUCCAUGAUAGAACAACAAUAAUCAAAGAGAAUGGGAGAGAGGGGAAGAGACCUAAGCUUGAAAAUCUACCUGAUUCAGAAGACCAAGAAACUAUGAUCACUAGUUUAGUCAGUGAAGAAAAAGAGAAUAAUGUAAUGAUAACUUUAGAAACAAACAUGGAAGAUAAUCUAAAAUCUGGAGAAGAAAGAGAUCAGGAAGAGCAACAGGUAUUUGAAAAUAGGAAUAUAACAUCCGAAGAAAUUAAAGAUACUACUAUUCAAAUAAUAGAUUUAGUUUCUCAAGAGACUGGAGAAAAAGAGGCAGACAUUCAGACAAUUGAUAAUGAAAUUGGGCUUAAAAAGGAAGACAGCCAAGAGGAAUUUGGAAAAGAUGACAAAACUCAAAAGGACGUGAUCAGCGACACAAAUAAUGUGAUAGGAAUAAAUGAGGCAGUGGAUGUUCAGAAGGUUGUUGAAAAUAGUGCUGAGGAUACUCAGAGUAAUGAUGGGAAAGAAGUGAUUGAAGUAGGCCAGAAAUUAAUAAGCAAGCCUGAGGAGGGUCCUGAGGCUGCUGUUACUAAGGAAGUUUCUAUUAAAGAAAUAGUUGAUACUAAUGAGACAGAUCAAGAAUCUGUAGAAGAUAAAAAUAAGAAACAAUUAAUAAACAGUUCAGAGAACAUAUUGGAGACCAUUGAGGAACCAGGGACAAAUGAGGUUGAAGAAAUUACUGAGCCAAGUAGCAUAGAAGAACUAGAGGUUGGAAGUGUAGCGGCUGAUAUUGACCAGAAGGCUUUAGGAAGUGAAACUGGAGCUGCUCAUAAAACCACUUCUCAGAUAGAUACAGAAAAAGAGGAAAUCCCAUGUGAAGUGCCAAUUAAAACAGAACCUCACGUUACUGCGGCUUCACAGCCCAGUGAACCUCAGCCUGUUCCAAUACCCAGUAUUAAUAUCAACUCUGGAGAUGGAGAAAAUAAAGGAGAAAUAGGUGCUUUGCAAACAACUGAAACCGUGCUGCCUCCAGAGUCCGAGAAUCAAAAGGAAAACGAUACUGAUUCGGGCACUGGUUCUACUGCUGAUAACAGCAGCAUUGAUUUGAACUUAUCCAUUUCUAGCUUCCUGAGCAAAACUAAAGACAGUGGAUCAAUAUCUUUACAAGAAACAAGAAGACAAAAGAAAACAUUGAAGAAAACACGCAAAUUUAUUGUUGAUGGUGUAGAAGUUAGUGUAACAACGUCGAAGAUAGUUACAGAUAGUGAUUCCAAAACUGAAGAGUUGAGGUUUCUUAGACGUCAGGAACUGCGGGAAUUAAGAUUUCUUCAAAAAGAAGAGCAAAGAGCCCAACAGCAGCUUAACGGUAAACUGCAGCAACAACGAGAACAAAUUUUCCGUCGCUUUGAGCAGGAAAUGAUGAGUAAAAAGCGACAGUAUGACCAGGAAAUUGAGAAUCUAGAAAAACAGCAGAAGCAAACUAUUGAACGUCUGGAACAAGAACACACAAAUCGCUUGAGAGAUGAAGCCAAACGUAUUAAAGGGGAACAAGAGAAAGAACUGUCCAAAUUUCAGAAUAUGCUAAAGAACCGAAAGAAGGAGGUUAUAAAUGAAGUGGAGAAAGCACCCAAAGAGCUGAGAAAAGAGCUCAUGAAACGCAGGAAAGAGGAGCUUACACAAAGCCAGCAUGUUCAGGAGCAAGAAUUUGUUCAGAAGCAACAACAAGAAUUAGAUGGCUCUCUGAAAAAGAUUAUCCAACAACAGAAGGCAGAGUUGGCCAAUAUUGAGAGAGAGUGCCUGAAUAACAAACAGCAGCUCAUGAGAGCUCGAGAAGCUGCAAUUUGGGAGCUUGAAGAACGACACUUACAAGAAAAACACCAGUUGCUCAAACAGCAGCUUAAAGAUCAGUAUUUCAUGCAACGACAUCAGCUACUUAAGCGCCAUGAGAAGGAAACAGAACAAAUGCAGCGUUACAAUCAACGACUUAUUGAGGAAUUGAAAAACAGACAGACUCAAGAAAGAGCAAGACUGCCCAAGAUUCAACGCAGUGAAGCUAAGACUCGAAUGGCCAUGUUUAAGAAAAGUUUGAGAAUUAACUCAACAGCUACACCAGAUCAGGAUCGUGACAAAAUCAAACAGUUUGCUGCACAAGAAGAAAAGAGGCAGAAAAAUGAAAGAAUGGCUCAGCAUCAGAAACAUGAAAACCAAAUGCGAGACCUUCAGUUGCAGUGUGAAGCCAACGUUCGGGAACUGCAUCAGCUGCAGAAUGAAAAAUGCCACCUGCUGGUUGAGCAUGAGACUCAGAAAUUAAAGGAGUUAGAUGAGGAACACAGCCAAGAAUUAAAAGAAUGGAGAGAGAAAUUGAGACCUAGGAAAAAGACACUGGAGGAAGAGUUUGCCAGGAAACUGCAGGAACAGGAAGUGUUCUUUAAAAUGACUGGGGAGUCUGAAUGCCUUAACCCAUCCACACAAAGCCGGAUUUCCAAAUUCUAUCCUAUUCCUAGCUUGCAUUCCACCGGAUCAUAACAAUGGAAAGCAUUCCGUGCUUGAGUUUGGCAUUUCCAACAUCAUUCUAUUCUCUUCAUCUUCUGCCACAGUCUAUAGCAGACAGAUCACGAAGACAAUCACCUGCCUUACCUUCUAGGUGUUUUUUUGUUUUCUGUUUUUUGGGGUUUUUUUCUUUUUUUAACGCAAAGAUGAAGGGAAAGUGAACUAAGACAGAUGCUGGGCUAUUUUGGCAAAGUAGCAUCUUGCACUAAUUCCCGACGUGAUUUUGUAUAUUUAUCUUAAAAGUUGUAUUCCUUAGGCACUGUUACCUGAAAACUGUUAAGAGAAAUAAUGUUUAAAGUUAUUUAAAAAAACUGUUACAUCACUAAGUAUUAAUAAAUGUCUUUUUACCUG